AUGGCGCCGCUUUGCGGCCUUUUCGGCCUUCUCCUCCUGACCGCGGUCGACGUGGCCUCUGCCGCCGAGGCCGACCUCCGCUUCAUCGUCUCUAACCGUUCCUACUACCAGAUCUCGCCCAAGGCCAUUGUGUCCGACGCAUGUGCCUCCUACUCGACCCUCGAGAAGCUCAACAGCCGCCUGAGCCCCGCCGUCACCGACCUGACGCAGACGACCGACUUCUUUAGCCACUACCGCGUCAACCUCUUCCACAAAAAAUGUCCGUUCUGGGACGAUGAGAACGGCAUGUGCGGCAACAUUGCCUGUGCCGUGCAGACGCUCGAAAAUGAAGACGACAUCCCCAAAGUCUGGCGCGCCAGCGAGCUCGGCAAGCUGCAAGGGCCCUCCGCAGAGCACCCGGGCAAGUCGACGCAGCGCGAGCGGCCGCGGCGGCCACUGCAGGGCCGCCUCGGCGAAAACGUCGGCGAGAGCUGUGUGGUCGAGUACGACGACGAGUGCGACGACCGCGACUACUGUGUGCCGGAGGACGAGAGCGCGGCGUCCAAGGGGGACUAUGUGAGCCUCGUGCAGAACCCGGAGCGCUUCACGGGCUACGCGGGCGACGGCGCCAAGCAGGUGUGGGAGGCCAUCUACCGCGAAAACUGCUUCCAAAAGAGCUCGUUCCCGCACUCGGCGCAGCUCGAGACGGCCGGCGACAAGGCCGCCAUGAACCCGGCCGCCAUCGAUUUCCGGUCCGUGCUCGAGGCGGCCGGCCGGCAGCAGGUGCUGGAGCAGCAGCGGCAGGUCGAGCCGUUCACGCCGUUUGUGGCCAAGACGGGGUUCGAGGCCGAGGACGAGUGCAUCGAGAAGCGCGUCUUUUACCGGCUCAUGUCGGGCAUGCACGCGUCCAUCAGCACACACCUGUGCUGGGACUUUUUGAACCAGACGACGGGCGAGUGGACGCCCAACGUCAGUUGUUACGUCGACCGUCUGCACCGGUUCCCCGACCGCAUCAGCAACCUGUACUUCAACUAUGCGCUGCUAACGCGCGCCGUGGCCAAGCUGGGCCCGCACCUCGAGCGCUACAUCUUUUGCAGCGGCGAGCCCGAGCAGGACAACCUGACGCGCGACAAGGUGCUGGCCGUCACGCAAACGGCGGCGAGCGUGCCGCAGAUCUUUGACGAGUCGCUCAUGUUCAUGAACGGCGAGGGCCCGUCCCUCAAGGAGGACUUCCGCAACCGGUUCCGCAACGUGAGCCGGCUGAUGGACUGCGUGGGCUGCGACAAGUGCCGGCUGUGGGGCAAGCUGCAGACGGCCGGCUACGGCACGGCCCUGAAGGUGCUGUUUGAGUUUGACAACGACGGCGCCAUUCCGCAGCUGCAGCGCACCGAGCUGGUGUCGCUGUUCAACACGUAUGCGCGCCUCAGCAGCUCGCUGGCCAACAUUCAAAAUUUCCGCAGCAUGGUGGCGGCCGACGAGGAGGCGGCGAUCGCCGCGGCCACGGCAGAGGACCAGACGACGGGCGCCGAGCACGCCAGCCUUCUCCCCGACCGCGCCCGCAAGCCGCACCAUGUCGUCGCGCCGCCCAAGAAGUACAAGGUCGAGGAGGGCGCCGACGAGGUGCUCGACGAGAUUGACGAGAAGAUGUCGGCGGAGCCCACGGUGCGCGAAAUGUUUGACGAGGAGCUGGCCCGCGUGUACCGCGCGUUCCGCGUCGUCAUCGGCCACUGGGUCUCGUUCCCCAAGACCUUCUUCGACAUCUUCACGUCCGAGGUGGUGCGGGGAUGGCAGGCCUUUAUCGGCCUGCCCGUGAAUCCGCGGACGUGGAAAUUUCAGCGGCCGAACCUCGACGAGCUGUAG